UUUGCGUCAUCGCGCACGCGCCGUGCGAAGGCUGAGCGCGGCGGGCCCGGGAAAUGUUCCGCCGGGCCCCGCGCAACUUCCGAGGCCGGCAGCGCGCGGUCUCCAGCGGCAGCAGCUGCGGCAGCGAUGACGAGCGGGGAUCGGCCUCCGCCCUACCGCCGGGCCGCGACCCCGAUGAGGAAGCGGAGUCUGGGGAGAGCGACGGGGACCGUGGUGGCGCCGCCUCGUCCUCUGACGGGGCACGAACCGCCGCGGAGCGACCGCUGCCCUCGGCGGAGCCGACACGGGGAGCUGGGGCGGUGCUGAGCUUUGGGAGCGACGAGGAGGAACGGGGAGGUGAUGAGGGAGUUUUUAAAAUCAAAAAGCCAUCCUUCAAUGAAGUGACAUUUAGAAUUCAAAAGAAGAAAAGCCCGCUGUCUGCAGGAAGAGAAGUCGAUGAAAGUAAAAAAAUACCUCAGUUGGAGCCUGGGACUGGCAACACUAAAGAUGCUAUAGAGGCAAAGGAAGAGAAUUAUUCUUCACUAAGUGAGGACUACAAUAGCACAGACUCUGAAAAUGAAUCCAACCCAUCUCAGAGGAGGAAGGAUUUAUCGCCAGGCUGUGUCCCCAGUGCAGGCUGUACUGUGGCUGCUCAGAGGAGGUGUCGCCUGGCCAGGCCCCAAGCUGAUUAUCUUCCCUUGGAUGUUUCAAAUGUCCGUCAGCCUUCUCGGAGAAGAGAAAGCAGUGAUUCAGAGAGCGAGGAUGAGUCUUAUAUGAAUAAUCUCCAUUUUGUUCCCAAAAUGAGAUCUCUUAGGCAAAGGAUGGCUGAACACAUGGUGCCUGUGAGUGAUGAAUCAAGUGAAGAUGAAGCAGAAACAAAGUGGGAAGAACAGCAAAUUAAGAAAGCUGUCAAACUCCCUCAGGAAACUUACAGUGAUGCUUCCCUGUAUAAAUCUCAACCAGCUAAACCCACAUUUGGUCCCUGUGUUUCCUUACCACCUGUGAACUUGGAAACUAUAAAAAAGCAACUGACUGAAAGGAUAGCAUCAUUGCAGGAUGUGCACCGUGCCCACCAGAGAGAGUAUGGAAAAUAUAUGGAGGACAUUGAAAGUUCAAAGAUUACUGUCCAGGAAUUAGAGAAGUCUUCGGAUGCUGCUAUGAAUUACAAAUUCUACAAGGGCAUGAAAACAUAUGUAGUAAACUUAGUAAACUGUUUCAAUGAAAAACUGAAAUACAUAGAUGAGCUAGAAUCUGCUGUACAUGCACUUCUUCAGCAACGAGCCAUGUCAGUACUGAAACGAAGGCAAGAUGAGCUGAAAAUGGAAUCUGCUUAUAUGCAGCAUCUGACAGCUGGGAAUGGCAAACCAACUAAUGAUGGAUUGGAAAGUGAUGAAAAGAUGAAGCUUCUGAAAAUGUGUGAGCAUCGAAGGGCUUGCAGACGGCAGCUGAGAGAGCAUUCACAAAAAGCUGGUCACCACGAAGGCAUGUCGAGUGAUGAUGAACUGUCUGUGACAGAGUUGGCUGAAUUCCAGAAGAGCAAAGAUAACAUUUUAGAGGAGAGUAGGAAAAUCUUUGAAGAUGUCCACGCAGAUUUUUGUGACAUCAGAAAAAUCCUGUUGAAAUUCCAGGAGUGGAAAGAGAAGUUUCCUGACUCUUACUGUGAUGCUUACAUCAGUUUUUGCCUGCCUAAGCUUUUAAAUCCAUUAAUCAGAGUUCAGUUAAUAAAUUGGAGUCCUCUUGAGAAUUCUACAGACUUGGAAGAGAUGCCCUGGUUCAGAGCUGUAAAAGAAUUCAGCAAUGCCAAAAAGUCAUCUGAAUCAAAAAGAGAUUGUGAUCCUGAUGAAGAAGUUUUGCCUAGAGUGAUUGAAAAAACUAUUCUGCCAAAAAUUACAGCAUUUGUAAAGAAUGUGUGGGAUCCUUUAUCAACUUCACAGACUGAGAACCUUAUACAGCUUUGCAAUAACGUGUUUGAAAAACAAGUCCUGUCCAGAAGUGAAUGCAGUCAAGCAAAACGGGAUUUGAUUAACAUGGUUGUCCUGAGGAUGAAGAAGUCUGUAGAGGAGGAUGUCUUUAUCCCUCUGUAUCCUAAAAGUGCUGUGGAAGACAAAUCAUCACCAUGUUCACAAUUCCAAGAAAGACGGUUUUGGUCAGCUAUGAAGCUGCUCUCCAAUGUUCUGCUUUGGGAUGGGAUUGUACAGGAAGAGACGGUCCGUGAUUUGGGACUGAGCAAGCUGCUGAAUCGUUACCUUCUUCUGAACCUCUUCAACACACCACCAGGGCCAGAAAACAUAGAGAAGUGUAAAGAGAUGGUUACAUGCUUCCCAGAAAGGUGGUUCCAAAAUCUUGGAAGUGGGUCAACUCUCCCUGAGUUACUGAACUUCUGCCAGCAUUUGCUUCAGUGUGCACAUAUGCUUCACAGGAAUAACCACAGUGAUGAAACUGAAGAAGUUAUUCUCCUGUUGGUGAAAAUCAAGGCUCUGUGUAUUGCUGAAGAGUUCAUUGAAGAGUACAAACUGGAACAUCUGAGAUCUGUGGUCAGGAAAUAAGGAUUUCUUUGAAACAGCAGUUCUUUUACUGAAACAAGCCUGAUGCUCACUCUAAAAAAGUGGUAAUGUUUAAUUAGUGGACCCUGCCCACAGCUGUUUUACUGUGAAAUAUUUUUUUUUUCCAAAUGUCUUCUGCCAUCUACUCCUAGAUAAAAUCACAAUCAUCAAUGUGAAGUGCAGGUGUUCUGCAAUAUAUGACAAAGCCUGAGCGCUUCCUUCUUUUGGGAAGGAUGACUGGAAUAAGGAGGUGCCUGUAAUGAUACUACUGCUAGUGUGCAGACAGCUUCACAAGCUGUUUUCAGUACCAUACAAAAUCACUCUGACUCAGGAGUCACUGAACUCUAACUUAUUGUCCCCUUAAUGAGAUAAUUCUGCCAAAGUCACAGUGAGUUCUUUUUCACUUAGCAAGCUUGUCAUUAGUUUUUUGAUCCUGAUACAAAAGCAGGAAGUCUGUGUCCAUAGAGGAGUUUGAUCUGUGAGAUGGCAAACGGAUAUUCAGAAAGGUGUAAGAAGGUUGCACAGGAGAACAUCUUAACUAUGUUUAUUCUUCUCCAGAGUAUGAUUUGUAAUGGAGCUUUGUACUUGAGAUAUAGACUGGACUUUGUGCAUAGACCUGGAGUUGUUACACCCUGAUUUAUCAGACAAGCAGAACAACUCCAGUUACCUUCUAGUAAUUGACUUUCUAAGGAAGUCUUACUUUUGCUUCCCAAUAAGAUGCAUUAAACCUCAUUUCAUUGUACCCAUGUCAGAUUUCUAAUGUUGUUUAACUUCGUAUAUGUGCAGUAAAUAUUACUGCUGCAGAAUAAAAAGGAUGCUUUAUUGUAGAAACAGCAGUGCAUCACAAAUUCUUCUAAGUUUAUUAGUGCCUGUUUCUCUGAAAUGUUAUGGGUCUAACAUUUAACUCUUGGAGGCUUUUAUUCCCUAUGAUUUUUCUAUUUUUUAUGACAGAAUAUAUAUUUUUGUAAACUAUUUUAACUGUAAAUAGUAUUGAUCAAUGUUACAGACAAAAAAAUGACUUAAAAGCAAUUAUUUUGAAAAGAUAUUUUUGUGUUCAUGAGACUUCUAACAUUUUCAAGUCUUGAACAUGACUGUAACGUUAUGUGAAGUAUGGAGAAAAACUUUGGCACUGCUGGCACUUCUUCAUUAUAUUCAGGAAUUAGGAGUUCUGUUGUAAAUAAUUGUGUACUUCUACUUUCCUGAGUGCAAAGAAAAUGUAACUGAUCAGUAAUUAACUCAAGCAUGUGAUCUCACUGCUUGCUUUGUCUCUUCUCCUGCUUCCUUAUUCAUGUUGAAAGUUGCUCCUGAAGAAAUUAGUCCUGUGUUGCUAUGAAACUGGAAUAGAUUCUGUCAUACUUCGCCUCUGUAGAUGCUUCUUCCAGUGGCUACAGACAUCACUUGUCAUGACUUGUAAACAGGGGAAGGCAAUUUUUACUGGAGCUCAGAACCCCCAUCCCAGCUGAGUAUCUUGAGAACCUACUGUGCCACUUUGUGGUGUACACUCACCAGGUGUAGGGAACCUGCUUUGGCAGGGGGGUUGGACUCAAUGAUCUCCGGAGGUCCCUUCCAACCCCUACAAUUCUGUGAUUCUGUGGUAACUUUACACCUGUUCACACAAUCUUAUUUGACUAACAGCUUAUCUGGCUUCAUUCUUUCAAACUGGUUUCAGAAUGUUUGUAUUACUGCUUUGUUGUCAGAUUACUACUGGUGCUUUAUCAAAUGUGAUUUCACAAGUAUCUUUACAGGACAACUAAGCAGCAAUUACUCUCAGUUUGUACAGUUGGGCUUCUGUACA